AUGUUAGAGCCCAUACUGGUUGUUACAACACCCAUUGUCGCUAUGAAAGCCAUGGAUGUAAAUAACUCCACUGUAUCUGGGAAUAUAUUUGCUGUUGUUGAGCUAAUGAGCCAGGGCGGAUUUGAUGAGAGCGGGUCAAUAGAAAAUGAGGAUUUGGACUUGUCACCAUACAUUGUGCUCUUUCAUGGUGAUCUUGGAACUGGGGAACGUCUGCAAGCUGUACAGCAGAGAUGCGCAAUUGAGCAGACACCAUGGGAUUGGUUUCAACGUAUUAUCUAUGUCCCUGGUCUCUUUCAUCUCAAGAUGGCUUGUGCUGACGUUAUUUGGCGUGUAUUCAUAAGUCCUGUAGCUGCCAGAGACGAUGACACAUGCCUAAUGCGUGACAUUGCUAGCCCAGAGAAACUGGCAUCUAUGCAUCAAAGCCUGGCCUUCAACAAAUACACCAGCUAA